CUUUUUACAGGUCAAAUAUUUUAAAUAUUUUUCAGAAUAUAAAUAAUUAUAAAAGUUUUUACAUUUAAAAAUGAUAUCGAUGUUUCGAUCAGAGGAAAUGGCAUUGUGCCAGCUUUUUCUUCAGUCAGAAUCUGCUUAUGCCUGUGUCAGCGAAUUGGGAGAAAAGGGUGUUGUUGAAUUUAGAGAUCUCAAUCCUGAUGUCAAUGCUUUUCAACGCAAGUUUGUAAAUGAAGUUAGACGCUGUGAUGAAAUGGAGAGAAAAUUGCGUUUUAUGCAGAAAGAAAUUGAUAAAGCAGGAAUUCCUGUUAUUGAUAUCCAAGAAAAUCCUGACACUCCUCAUCCAAAAGAAAUGAUUGAUAUGGAGGCUCAGUUUGAACAACUAGAAAAUGAGAUGAAAGACUCAAACUCAAACCAUGACGCUCUCAUAAGAAGUUCAUUAGAGCUUACUGAGUUAAAACAUAUUCUUAGAAAGACUCAUGUUUUUUUUGAUGAGGCUGAACAUGUUAUGCAGGAGCACAUUGGUGACACAUCACAACCCACUGCCGAGGAAAUGUCAUUGCUUGCUGAUAUAGAUUAUAUCUUGUCAUCUCAAACAGGUCGCCUUGGAUUUGUUGCUGGUGUGAUAACGCGAGAUAGAAUAGUGCCAUUUGAGCGUUUACUUUGGAGAGCUUGCCGUGGUAAUGUGUUUUUUAAGCAAGCGGAGAUAGAAAAUAGGCUUUAUGAUCCUAGUGCUGGUGAUUUGGUCUACAAAUGUGUAUUCAUUGUAUUUUUUCAAGGAGAGCAGUUAAAGAUACGUGUUAAGAAAAUCUGUGAAGGUUUUCAUGCAACUUUGUAUCCUUGUCCAGAAACACCUGGUGAACGUAGAGAAAUGGCAAUAGGUGUAAUGACAAGAAUUGAAGAUUUGGAUGCUGUAAUCAAUGAAACUCAAGAACAUCGUAGUCGUUUGCUUCAAACAGUAGCAAAAAACAUAAAAACUUGGUUGAUAAAGGUUAAAAAGAUUAAAGCUGUUUAUCACACGAUGAAUAUGUUUAAUGUAGAUGUUACUCACAAAUGUUUAAUUGCAGAAUGUUGGAUACCGGUAGCAGAUCUAAAUGAUGUUCAAGCAUCUUUAAAAAGAGGUACUGAGAAAAGUGGAGCAUCUGUUCCAUCAAUUGUUAAUCGAAUGCCCACCAAAAAGGUUCCUCCUACAUUUAAUCGCACAAAUAAGUUUACACAUGGUUUCCAAGCCAUAGUUGAUGCAUAUGGUGUUGCAGACUAUCAAGAAGUAAAUCCUGCUCUUUAUACAAUCAUUACUUUUCCCUUUUUGUUUUCCGUCAUGUUUGGUGAUUUGGGACAUGGAGCAAUUAUGGCUUUGUUUGGAUUUUUCUUGAUUUAUUAUGAAAAAAAGUUGGCUAUUUGGAAAGCUGGUGGAGAGAUGUUUGAUACAGUUUUCCAUGGUCGCUACAUUAUUUUUUUAAUGGGAUUGUUUUCAAUAUACUCUGGUUUAAUAUACAAUGAUAUCUUUUCAAAGUCUUUGAAUAUUUUUGGUAGUGGAUGGGUGGAUCUAAAAUCAAACAAAUCUGACUACACUUUGAGUUAUGUUGAGGAAUUGGCUCAUACAACACCAUCAGCUGUUUUGAUGUUAAAUCCACUUGAUGCAGCAAGACCUACUCCUUAUUGGUUUGGUAUAGACCCAGUAUGGCAACUAGCUGUUAACAAAUUAACUUUUACUAAUUCAUUCAAAAUGAAAAUUUCUGUUAUAUUUGGUGUAAUUCACAUGAUGUUUGGUGUUGUACUCAGCAUAUUUAAUCAUAUUCAUCAUCGAGAAUGGAUUGGCAUAUUUGGAGAGUUUAUACCUCAGUUGUUGUUUAUCGGAUGCAUUUUUGGCUAUCUCAUCUUUAUGAUAUUUUAUAAAUGGUUGGUUUUCAGCAUUCAAAGUCCACAUGCACCUAGCAUUUUGCUAACUUUGAUUGGUAUGUUUUUAAAGUUUGCAAAGCCACUUGGUGAAUCAGAGUUGCUUUACAAGGGACAGGAUGUUGUUCAACCAAUUUUGGUAGUUGUUGCUGUGAUCAGUGUUCCAUUCAUGUUGCUCUCAAAACCGUUCUAUCUUCGCAUGCAGCACAAUAAGUUGUCUCGUAAACGUUUUGGAAGGCUGGAGGAGUCCCAUGUUAAUGUAGCAGCUGAUCACGAAGAAUUGCAUCACAAAGAUGACGAAGAGGAAAAAGUGUUUGAAUUCUCUGAGAUUUUCAUUAAUCAAGCAAUCCAUACUAUUGAGUAUUGCUUAGGCUGUAUUUCAAAUACUGCAUCAUACUUACGUCUUUGGGCCUUGAGUCUUGCACAUGCUCAACUUUCUGAAGUGCUAUGGUCAAUGGUGUUUCAUAUUGGUCUUUCUAUGAAAGGAUAUGGUGGAUGUAUUGCUGUAUUUGUGCUUUUUGCAGCCUGGGGGAUUUUGACAGUGGCUAUAUUGUUAAUCAUGGAGGGGCUGUCUGCUUUUUUACAUACUCUUCGUCUUCAUUGGGUCGAAUUCAACAGUAAAUUUUACCAUGGCACCGGUAGAAAGUUUGUACCGUUUUCCUUCAAAUCAGUGUUGUCCGAAGACCAAGAUUGAGUGUGUGGCGAUUUUUUGAUACCGUUAGUUUUUAAAGGAUAAUUGUUUUAUUUUUAAUUUUAUUUUAAUUUAAAAUGUUAAUUGUCUUAAAUAGUGUAAUAAAAUGCUUCUUAUGAA